AUGCCUAAGAAAAGACACCAGGCCCGAUACACCAAGCCGCAGUCCACAGCACCGUCCUCGCUAAGGAGACGGGAUUCGCCCAGCCAAUAUGAGAGUGGAUCUCAAGGCCGCGGCGUCAAUCAGAUGCUUGCAGACCUGCGGCGCGUGGGUCUGAAUGCACACCCCCAUGAGGCCGUCGAGGUUUCGCAGAUUGUCGCUCCCAGCGUCCCGCCGUCCAUCCGGCAAUUUCUCCAGUUGCCCGAGACCCCGCCGCCCCGGCCGCGACGUCCACCCCGGACAGAUGCGGCGGGCCGGCGUCUGCCGCCCGGGCCCGCCCCGCCCAGGAGCUGGGUCUCACGCUCAGACACCCUCGAGUCGGAGCAAAUUGCCGGUGCCUACUCCCAGCAAACGCUUUGCCAUAGCAAUCUCCCGGAUGUUUACGUACCAAGCCGCAUUAGCUUGAUGAACCUUGUUUUACGACGGAUGGUCCGUGACUGGGCGUUCGUCAGGGAUUACGAUCGUUACUACCUAUCAUCCCUGCCACGCCACAUCCGAAGCGCUCUCAUCGCCAAUCUGAGCCUAUCCCGUAAGGAAGGGAUAUCCUUGGCCGAUGUCCGCCUGAUCCUCCUGCCCCCUCCUGGGGAGGGAGUGUCGAGUUUGGAAGAUGAGGCCCAACAGGCGGUCGCGGCCAACGAUGAUCUCGAGUAUUUGGACCUCUCGGGAUCCGUUGGUAAAUCGAUCAAGAUCAGAGACCUCUCGGAUCUAAUGUUUCCCUCCAACGCUGUGACAACAGAAAUUGUCCAAGACUCCUGGGAAGCUCCCGACACGGGCUCGAUACCCCGGUCUCUCUUUCCCAACCUCACCCACCUCGCCCUCUCAUUAGACCCCCAGCACACUUGCAACGUCUCAUGGAAGCAGCUCCUCGCCUUCUCAACGCACCUCCCGCACCUCACCCACCUAAGUCUCGCCUACUGGCCGGAGCCCUGCUUGACGCCCAACGCCAAACUGGCCACCGUGGUCGCGCAGCAAGGUCAGACCGUACAGUUUGGCGGCACGGGCCCAUACAGCCACUCGCUCGACAACGACUGGGCCGAGGCGGUUUUGGUCCUCAGGAGACUGAGCAAGAGCUUGUACGGCCUAGAGUAUCUAGAUCUGACUGGCUGUGCAGCGUGGGCGCCGGCCCUGAUGCACAAGGUGGACCACGAUGAAGUCGACUGGGUGGGCGACUGGGGCAAGAUCUCAACGCUCGUACUCCGGUCUGGAUAUAGCCUCACGGAGACCACGGGGCGCGUGGAGGUCUCACGAUAUAUAAAUAACAUGAGCACGGCCAUGAUGGUCGAGAGGCGUAUCAGGACGCAACGGGCCGGCCGGGGUCACUUUAUUACUGUCUACAGAGACUCGAUGCCCGAGAACAUGCCCGCCAGCUUGCUGGAAUAG